CACCGGCGACGUUCAUCCAGGAUCUCGAUGACCCGGCCCGGCACAAUGCGGGGCCGCUGGGCCCCUGGGGGUGCGGGCGCCGAAGCGUUCGCCGCGCUGCAGAGCUGCGCGCCCGACGGCAGCGGCGCUGCUCAGCCCUUCGGCCCGCUCUCGGUCUGCCAAUGGGAACUGUCAGGGCUCCUGGGCCGGCGGCCUCGGGGGCGGGGCCUCGGGAGCCCGUGGGAAACCGAACUCCGAUUGGAGCCGCGGACAAUCGCUCCGCCUCCGGCCAGCCAAUCGGAGGCGGAGAACCCAGGAGCGGGGCGUUCGGAGUUGGGCUGGAGAGUGACAACAGGCGCACGCUGGAUACCUGAGCGGCCUCCGGCCCCGGCUGGACCCUAUGGCCGGCGGGAUGCUGGCGUGGCUCGCUCCCGGAUGCCUGGACACGAGGCCCUGGCGGUGCAGCCCGGAGAAACCGCGCCAAGGAUGGCGAAGCGUGCCUGCACGGGCCACAGCGAGGGAGCCCUUAACAAAGCAGCUUCGGGAGGGCCGGCUGCCUCCGCCUCCUCCUCCAAUAGGUCCGUGAGGCUGCCUGUCACCAUGCAUAGGUGGAGGUGGCCAAUGACGUGCACGAGAGCUGGGGUUGGCGCGCGCGCGCGGCUCGGCGGUCGUGGGAUUGGUCAGAGGUAA